AUGAAGCGACGUUGGGAAGAAACCUCCGCCGCCGCUCCCUCUUCAGAGAGAUUCCUCGCCCUUUCGCCGCCUCCAACCAACUUCCUCAGCACUACCGGCAUCAUCCCCUCCGUAAAGGUUAUCUUCGAGGGCCGGUCCAUUUGCCACUCGGUCCGGCUCGACCGGCACGCCAGCUACGAGAGCCUCGCCUUCACGCUGCGUCGCUUGUUCGUCGGCGCCGAUAAGACUUACCCAAACGCCGGACUUGAUCUCUCCAACGCCGGACUUGAUCUCUCCAACGCCGUGCCGGGCCACAUGGUUGCUUACGAGGACAGGGAGGAUGAUCUUCUCCUCGCGGGGGAUCUGAGCUGAAAGGAUUUUGUUCGUGUGGUUAAACGAAUUCGCAUAAUUCCAGCGAGGCCUGGCCGCCGGAAGCACAGCCGGGGGAUAUUGGGAUAG